AGGGCGCUGCCUUCCCGAACAGUUGGUGCCUUGUGCUGGAUUUGGAUCUCGACCUCGGCUUGGAAGUCAAUUCAGGAGGUUCAACCUUCUCCCACUCACUACAUAUCUCGUGCCAGCACGCUUGGUUUUCUGGACAAUCUAUGCUGAGCAGACCCGUUUGAUUGUUGGCGGGGAGCCUCACGCAUACCCGCAAUGGACGUUUUCUCCACAAGUGUUCGUCGUUCCGCUUUCGAUAAGCUCGCAGCGCUUGCUGUGAAGUCUCCAGAGUACGAUGGAGAAGAGGACAUCAAUCGAUUGUUGAAGCCAUACCAGCGCCAUGCGCCCCGAGCUGAGGUUAUUGACGGCCCUCUUAAAGACCAUGCCGCGACGUCGCGGACGCCAAUGAGCAUUCGAGAACUAGACAUCCUUCUGGCUGUCUGUAAAGCCUCUCCUUCCGUUUCAAAUGUCACCCACGCAGAACGACUGGUUUCGCAGCUAUCCAAAUACCUCCCCGAAUCGCAUGUCCAGCUCUUUCGCCCUUCGCCAUUCCUGCACGGAAUCAAGCCGUCUCCAUGGGAGACCUUGACGCAGCAACUGACGACGGCCCUCCUGAUUCUGGGUCUGAACUACCCGACCCUGAGGAACACCGUGGAGAACAGUGUGUAUAGUUAUAUUGAUCAGUGUUCUCGAGCUGUGAAUGCUUUGGUGCCACUAUCGAAGCAGGCUGCCCCGGUCGAUGACCGGGAAUUCCUACGCGAGUAUGCAGAUAUAAUGUCAAUUGCCGUCUCUUUGGUGGGAUUUCUGGACGCAUCAGCGACUUAUUCUCAUUUCUGGUCAGCCGCCGGCAAGUUGGAACUGGUCCGAUGCGUGCGAGACAUAUUUUCGGAGGGAUUCAUGGUCGCAGUUGAAGCUGCUUCAUCUUCCUUGCGUAAUUCAAUCACGCCAGCCCGGGGAUUGCGAGACUGGAGACGAUAUGCUCGCCGUUAUGCGGCACACAAUCGGCCCUUGGGUUCCAUGCUCCUGCAGCAGAGUCUGAUGCGGUUUAUCAAAGAUUGUGCAGCGUCGGUCAUGAUUAAUGAGCAUAGCCUUACCGAUGAUAAACUUCUAGACAAGUAUCUCGGAGAAGCCAGCGUUACGGGCAAGCCAGAUGGUGCUGAGCAUGCUCUGUUUGAGUACCUGGCUGACGCCAUUAUGGAAGAGAUUCGUCUUCUUGAUGAUGGGUCUGACUAUCUGAAGCUCAGUUCAGCCUGGCAACAACACCUGGCCUUCUCGGUCAAAGCUCAUGCAAUUGUUGGCUUCCUCAGUUGCGUAAUCGGCGACGAGGGACUGGUAGACACAGACACACUCUUCCCUUGGCUAGAAGAUGCCCUGGCAGAUCCGAAUCAGAUGGGCAACCUCCAGUUGGCUACGGCGACCCUGAUGAGCAUAGCAAUACUUGCAAAAUACUUCCCGUCUACUGCAUCCAACUCUAGCCGCUUGCUUGUCCGGUUUAUCGUUCAGGGCGGCGCUACUGGCCCUACUGUUGACGUGGCUGCAAAGUGCCUUGCCCAGACUCUCAGUCUCAUGUCUCAAGACGCUGUUAUCACAACCCUAUACUCUUUGGGUAACGUACUGAGUGCGGGACCGAACAGUGACAAGGGAUACCAGAUUCCGUCGACAUCUGGCGGAGAAACCGGGAACCAGGGGACUAACUUUUCUUUCCUCCAGCCGGCGGACGGCAGUCACAUCUCUCUUUCCUUCCAAGGCGGAGAGGAAAGUACACUGGCACAGCGAAAUGUCACACAUGCUAUUGUGAAGGUCGCUGCUAACUGCGGGGAUGAGAAGAUCUCUGCGUUGGCUCAAUCAAUGCUUUUGCAAAAGAUUGGGAAGACCAGCAUGGUGAUUGAUGCUUCAAUAAUCGAGGAGACUUCAGUAUUGGCUCUCACCAGCGGCCAAACUGAAUUCCAACUUCUCCUUAAAUUCUAUACCCGUCUCUACCGUGAAGGAUACUCCAAGGGCCAGAACAUUAUCAUGGACGCCGUUCAAAAUGCUAGGGCUUAUCUAUCUGUGAAUCUCGAUCCAACCUCUACGCUUUACCGCGCCUAUCUGACCCACUUGCUCGAAAACAUCAUAAAUAAAGGUGACAGUACUGACCUGGAGCACGAUCGACAGAAGGAUGUCGUACUGUCAGUGGAUGAAGUUAAACCUUUCAUAAAACCACUCGCUUUACUGGUUGCUUUUGACGAUGGCUCGAGAAACCUGCCUGAUAUCCAGGAUCUAGACGAGGACAUUCAGUCCAUGUUCCGCGAUGCGUGGUUCAAUAUUGCCGUUCAUGGGAUAUCGAUCAGUUCGAAAGUCGGACAGAGCUGCCUCUCUGAGCUUCGGGCCCUAGCCGAGCGCUCCCCUCCCUUGGUUUCCCAAGAGCGUGCGGGAGUGCUAGAGAGCGAUGUAGAACUGAACCCUGUUCUUCGCAGGGGCAUGUGUCCUUACCAGAUUGCGGAGCAGAAAAGGCUGCUUACCAGUGAGCUCCCUGGUCGGGAGACAGAAAUCAAAAAAUUGAGUUACCCGAAGGCGGUUUUCCUGAACGCUACCUUGUUGAUUGAAACUUUGCGGGCGUCUUCUGGCGAGUGCACUAAGAUCUUUAACUAUUUCCUCGAUCCAGCUGUGAAUACGUCCGAAAUGGGCACUUGCAUGAAGGCUGUCGCGGACAAGAUCGUAUCAAUGUAUCUCAACAAGAGCCUGUGGGGCCGACAUGAGAACUUCUCAGCCCAAUGUCUGUCAAAGCAAUUGGCAGAGAUAUUCAUUGCAUGCUGUCAUCGCAUAUCAAGAGUACAGGAUGUCGCACAUGCGUGCGCCGACAAGAUAAUCGCCGAGGCCCCAACUGCUUUAUGCGAGACACAUUCACUUUUCACGCUCCUUGAACUGCUGACAGUGAUGUGGUCGUCCUGUCUCGAAGGGGAAUUGGAUGAGUUCGGCUGGACGUCAACUUUUGUGUCCCCCAGAGGUACUGUGCGUAUUCAAUUGUCGGAUAACUAUGAGUUCAGGAAGGCUACGUUGCAUUCCUUCCACACCAAAGCUAGGCAAUGGGUCUCUGCUGUUAUGGACAUUGCCCCGCUUGAUGUCAAGGGUCUCCUUCAGACAUAUCUCUCCGAUUAUGAGGACGAUGGUGCUUACGGCCACAUAUCCUUGGGCAGAUCAUUUGCUCUGGAGAUGGGCUCGCUCAUCGCGCGCAGCGAUCAACGACUUGGCUCUAUCGACAGUCAUGGGGAACCCCUGGUCAAUGUGGCUUCUGAUUUCGUCGCCCAGUAUACUACCCGCCAGGAGUAUCGAUACAUGGAAGCUUCCCCUAAUGGGCGAGGUAUGGUAGGAUACGGGGAUCACGUACCAAACGGCGACGGCGUUGCAUUUGACUUGUCAGAAACAGUUAAUGAUGUUGAAGCCACAUUAUCUCAACUGUACGAGCGUACGUCUGUUGACCACGAAGUUUCCAUCGACGAGCUUCGAGAGGCACUGCGAAGGGCAGCAGCACUUCUGUGCAAUAGUAACGAUAGCCAACCAUCUAUCAUUCAUUUCUUGGUUGGAAUACCAUUCCAGAUCUUCAGCAAGGAAUCCAUAAAGCUAGGUGUCUCUCUGUGGCUCGGCGUCAUCCACGAAAAUCCGAGAACAGAGCCCAGGAUAUUGGCAGAAGUGGCCGAGGCGUGGGAGCGAACUAUUCGUCGCAAACAAGGAAUGUUUGAUCCUUCAUUCGACUACGUCGAUCCCUUUUUCACCCCGAUCGAACUCUUGCCCACCGAUAAGGCCCUCCUUCUCAAGAAGCAGAGGAAGGCCCGGAACAUCCUCUCCCCACACUUCCGUAUCCUCCAAUUCUUCGAUAGCCACUUUAACGCAACGCGACUUGGAAGCCCCAAUAUCCUGAUGAUCUUCUAUCGUUUGAUAAGCACCACCCUUGUAGGUUUGAAGGACACUCGUGGACACCCUCUGGCAAGAGAAGUUCACUUCCAGAUCGUCCUUCUCGGGCUGAAGGUAUUGAGGUUCUGCAAAGUAGAAAACCAAUACGCUCUGUGGAAAUUGAAGGACCAGAUUUUGUCUGCGGCGUUAAGCUGGUUCAAGCACUUCCCAAAGUGGUCUUUUGGGGGAAAUCGUUUGCAAAUGAAGGCCGAAGACAAGCUCAUGGGUGAUGUUGCGUCUCUUCUCGACAAUGUCGCUAGUAUAGGCUCUGUAUCGGGGUCAUUUAAAUCUACGAAGGCCAAGCAAGAUCUCGUUCAGAUCCUUAUUGAGAACGAAAGAUCCCGUCUGAGAGUUUGGCUCUUUCCCCUGUUGCAGGAACGCAAACAUUAUCUGCCGGGCUAUGGCGGUAAAAGCGGUUCGGAGGAUGUUACCUCUUUCUUGCGGCUGGCGUGGGCAGAGAGUCCGAGCUUAGCUGUCCAGUUGGUUUCUCGGUUCCCAUCUGCAAAACUGAGAAGCGAUGUUCGUUGGCUGCUCCUGAACUUCCCAGAGAAGGCUCUGGAGGAGCCUGCUAGUCUCGAGAUCAUGUUCGGUUCGGCCUUGCCUUCAGAUGUGUCGUUCCAGCUGAAGUACUUGCUGUAUUGGGCACCAGUGAAUCCCACCGAGGCCUUGACAUACUUUCUGCCCGCCUACGGAAACCAUCCGUUUAUUCUCCAGUAUGCCAUGAGAGCCUUGGAAAGCCAUUCGAUGGAUGUGAGAUUCUUUUUCGUUCCCCAGCUGGUGCAGGCGCUACGAUAUGAUGCCUUGGGAUACGUUGAACGGUAUAUCUUCGAGACCGCGAAGCUAUCCCAGUUGUUCGCCCAUCAGGUGAUAUGGAACAUGAAAGCGAACAUGUACAAGGAUGAAGAUUCCCAGAUCCCGGAUUCUGUCAAGCCAACGCUGGAUAGGUUUAUGGACAUGCUGGUAUCCAGUUUCACAAGCGAAGAGCGAGACUUCUACGAAAGAGAAUUCUCCUUUUUCAACGAAAUUACGGGUAUCUCUGGGAAGCUGCGACCCUACAUUAAGAGAAGCAAGCCAGAGAAAAAGCAGAAGAUCGAGGAAGAGCUACGGAAGGUCAAGGUGGAGGUUGGAGUCUACCUGCCCAGUAACCCGGAUGGUGUUGUCGUGGGCAUCGAUCGCAAGUCUGGCAAGCCUCUUCAGAGUCACGCGAAGGCACCGUAUAUGGCAACCUUCAGGAUCAGGAAGACCAAACCCAAGGUGGAUGGUGAUGGAGCCGGCGAUCCGGAAGUCGGCCUCCCUGAUGUACAAGACGACUCUGCUUCGGUCGUUUCAACACCGACUGAGCAAGGGUCCGAAACCUACGAUGUCUGGCAAUCGGCCAUCUUCAAGGUGGGAGAUGACUGCCGCCAAGAUGUGCUCGCUCUACAGAUGAUCGCCGCCUUCCGGAGCAUCUUCAACAAUGUCGGGCUCGACGUGUGGGUGUUUCCCUACCGAGUCACUGCGACGGCUCCUGGCUGUGGUGUUAUCGACGUGUUGCCCAACUCGAUCUCCCGAGACAUGCUGGGACGGGAGGCCGUCAACGGGCUGUACGACUAUUUCGUCUCGAAAUAUGGCGGCGAAGACUCGACUCGGUUCCAGGAAGCGCGCACCAACUUUGUCAAGAGUAUGGCGUCCUACUCGGUGAUUUCCUACCUGCUCCAGUUCAAGGACCGACACAACGGCAACAUCAUGAUCGAUGAUGCGGGACAUAUCAUCCACAUCGAUUUCGGGUUCUGUUUUGAUAUUGCGCCUGGCGGGGUUCGGUUCGAGCGGGCGCCCUUCAAGCUCACUCCGGAGAUGGUGGCCGUCAUGGGUGGCGGACAGCAUCACCAGCACGGGGCCGGCGUCAACGGCCAGAAUCCGACGAGUACGCAGCCGUACCAGUGGUUUGAAUCGCUCGUGAUCAAGGCAUUCCUGGCGUCGCGUCCGUACAGCAACAAGCUGGCGCAUAUUGUGUCGCUGAUGCUGGACAGCGGGUUGCCGUGUUUCAAGCCGGAGACGCUGAAGAACUUCCGGGACCGGUUCGUGCUGGAGAAGAGCGAGCGCGAGGCCGCCGACCACAUGCGCGAGCUUAUCAGGAAGAGUUAUGCAAGCAUCUCGACCAAGGGCUACGAUCAGUUCCAGCUGAUGACCAACGGCAUUCCCUACUGACGAGAGAGGCUUGCUCGAGUUUAGUCCCGAAGUGAGCGUCCAUCCAUAUUAUUAUCAUGAUAUAGGCUAAAUUUACGAGGACUAGAGAUUAUUGUCUUGAAUAGUAGGGUCUAUUAUUUGCUCGCAUCCAUAAGAUAAGGUCCACUGUCCCCCACGGGGUCCCGCACGAGAUGAUUGCAUUUAGCCGUAGUUCUGCUCUAAUUCUGCACAAUGACGAGAAGUUUGAGAAGACUGCAAGUGCCUUUGAUAACCACCGAGAUCGACGGUUCAGAUUGCCCGAGUGUGGUUACGCCGUUGCGGUCGUGUUGCAUUAGUUAGUUAGUAAUUCUCUCGGAAUCUCCCCAGGCGCAGGGACCAGGAAGGUGGUCAAGAAGAUCGAGAGAGAGGGAGAGAGAGAGAGAAUGGAGUAGUCUACUCCGUGGCCAUAUGAUUAUUAUAUUAU